GCGCAAAGUUGAGAGCAGACCCGGCCGUCGCCGCCGGCCAACUCACGUCCUUCCUCCCAGCUGGAGACGGGGGCGGAGCCGCGCGGUUGCCCCGGCGACGUGCAGUGUUUGUGCUCCGAGCAGUCCCCCAGCGCCGCCAUGGCGAGCCCGAAGCCGUGUCGGCCAAGGUCGGCCGGGGGCCGCUCGCAGUCGCCGCCCGAGCAGCCGCUGCAGGUGAAGGUGGUGGGGCUCUUCAAAAGCUCCAGCUUUCAGAUUGCGAAGAGCGCUGCUGAGACGCUGAAGAGUAAUUAUCCAUCCAAAUUUGAAGAUCCUAUAGUAGUUCCUCUUCAAGAAUUUGCAUGGGAUCAAUAUCUACAGGAGAAAAAAAGGGAACUCAAGAAUGAAAUCUGGGAAUAUUCUUCCUAUGUGAUGUGUUUUGUUAACGAUCAGCUCCUGGGUGAUGCAUUUGAUCUUCAGAAAUGGGCUCACAAGAUGUGGGAUGUAGUUGAUUUUAAGCCCCCUGAACUUUAUGAGGCACUUACUGUGGAUUAUUCUGCUAAAUUCUUAACAGACACCAAGCAUGCUUUUGUGUUCUUGGACAUUUCUAUUGAUUGUUAUCCAAUUGGAAGACUGGUUUUUGAGCUAUACUGUGAUGCAUGUCCCAAAACAUGUAGAAACUUUCAGAUCUUGUGCACAGGAAAAGCGGGGUAUUCUCAAAGUGGCAUCAGGCUACAUUACGUAGGUUCGAUUUUUCAUCGAGUAGUGCCAAAUGGUUGGAUCCAAGGAGGAGAUAUAGUAGAAGGAAAAGGAGAUGAUGGAGAGUCGAUUUAUGGACCAACAUUUGAAGUAAUACUGAACCAAUACCAAAGUGAAGGGAAAAGGAAAAGCCAAUUUCCUUCUAAGUGCAUGUGGAGCCAGCUUUAUCAAAUGAAACCGGAUGAAAACUUUUCAAUUCCUCAUAAUAAAAGGGGAGUUCUUGGAAUGGCCAACAAAGGCCGUCACAGCAACGGGUCACAAUUCUACAUCACACUACAACCAGCGCCCUAUCUAGAUAGAAAAUAUGUGGCUUUUGGGCAAUUGACUGAAGGAAUCGAAGUUCUUCAAAAACUAGAAUUGGUUCCAACAGAGAAUGAAAGACCAAAACAACGGUGUAUAAUUGUUGACAGUGGAGAUCUUUAUGCCUGAUUUUCAUAUCAAUAUUUUCUGACAACUUAUUAUUAUGCAUCUGAUCAGCUGUUUCCAUAUUUAAUUAAACAGUACUUGAUAAAAUUUAAUUUGAAAGCUGUACAGAUGCUCUAGGUUGGCCCUCCCAACACCCAAUCCCUCCCCAUUUUCCUUUCGUGCCUCUGCUGCAGAGACUAUAAAAAGCAAAACACUUAAUUUCCCAGCCUCCUUUGCAACCAGUAGUGGCCAUGGGAUACCAUCUGGCCCAUGAGACAAGAGUAGAAUGCCAGUGGGCCUGUCCCUUCCCCUCAACCAGUGUUGAAUGCAGACAGGUCAGAGCCGUGAAGGAAAGGCCAAGAGAUCUGGAGAUGUCAGCCCCAACUCUUGAGCUGCAGAACUAAUACCAGCAAGCACCUAUCUCUGGACUUUUUACUGUGAGACAAAUAGGCUCCUGCUUGUUGACAUUACUACUGGUUGAUUAUUUUGCAACCCGUAGCCAAAACCACUCUUAAUUUAGCAGCAGUACCUACCGGCCUUCCAAUCCUAAAGCAUUUGGAACAGAACUGUGUUGUUUGUAAACUACAUUUCUGCCCUAAGAAACAUGGUAAAUAACCAAAUAGAAAAGAGGCAAUAGAAAAAUUCAUCAUAAUAUUUCAGUUUAUACACAGCAUUCAGAAAAAGGCAUAUACCUUGGAUAUUGUUAUCUGACAUGAAGAGAAGGCUUAGCUCUGAGCUACACCAACCAUAGGAAAACCAAGGGCUUGGGUUAAUCAUCCCAACCCAAAUAAACCCUGUAGUGGUUGACUCCUGAGAUGUUACUGGGGAUCCUGCUUUAUCAGCUGCUCCUUAAUCUGAGAUUCUCAAACCCAUCACCUGGGGAGCUUUUAAAACACAGACUGCUGUACCCUGGCCUUGAUCUACUGAGUCAGAGUCUCUAAGUGUGGGAAAGGGACUCUGUGCAUUCAUUUAGCUCAACCCAGAGGUUUUUGUUUAGCCAGCUGGGCACUAGUCAUUUGGGAAUCACUUUAAGACAUAAGUAACUGGUUUCAGCCCUCUCUUUGUAGUUACUGAAGUGCAUGACUCUGUUGGUGGUGACCUUGCUCAGCUGCCUCCACCGCCACUGCCACCGCAUUCACGCUCUGCUCAAGGCCAUUACAUUUUGAGUUUUUCUUGCCCUUUGCGGAAGGUCUUGUCUUCCAAGAAUGAUCUCUCUUUGAGCCAAUCUUAAGGAGACAGAUCUCUAAUUGACUUGAAGGUUGCCAAAAGGAGGCAUAUGUUUUUUUUACUUUUCAUUAUGAAAUGAUUAUAAAUUUACAGGAAGUUGCAAAAAUAGUACAGAGCAAGCAGUCCUGUGUACUUAUCACCCAGGUUCUUCGAUGGAGAUACGUUACACAACUAGUGUACAAUAUAUCAAGCAGGCAACUGACAUCAGUACCGUGUGUGUUAUCAUUUUAUCAUGUGUAGAUUCAUGUGACUGAUACCACAGUCAAGUCAUGGAACUUUUCAAAAAGACCUCCCCUGGGCUACCCCUUUAUGGUUACACUACUCCCCUUCUCCCCACCAUCCAUCCCUAACUCCUGACAACUGAAAUUUGAUUUUUUUUUUUUUUAAAUAACAGCUUUACUGCUAUGUGGUAUACGGUUUUAUACUAAGAUUGGAGGUGGUUGGGGAGAAAGCAUACUGCCUAUGUCACAUUCUCAGGUGACCCAGAGGCAGCAGAGUGUUAAGAAUGUGUGUUCUGGAGCCAGACAGCCUGGGUUUGAAACCUAGCUCUGCCAUUCCCUAGAUGCAUGGACUCAGGCAAGAGCUUCCCUGUGCCUCUAUUUCUUCAUGUCAAAGCAGAGUACCUACCAUAUAGAGUUGUUGUGAGGGUCCAAGGAAUCAAUAAUUUGUAGGCAGGAUCUAGAAUAGGACCUUUUUAUGCUGUAUGUGCUCAUUAAAUGUACGCUCAACAAAUUACUGGUGUAUAACCUUCAGGGGUUGGCCUAGGAAGUUGUAUUUUUUAAAAGCUCCUCAAUGACUCUGAUUAAUAACGAGAUUUGAGAAACACUAAAGAGGAGACAGUUCCUCUUCCUGUCUUCUGAAGAGGUCUGGCCAACCUGAGAGGUUAAGCUGUUUGCAUGAAGUCUCCAGAUCCAUUCUCUGGACCUUUGGAUGGGUUCCUCUGGUCAUACUGGUGACAUUCCAAAGGGGAGCUAGGCCUGCCACGGGGCCUCUCACCUACUAGUGAAACAUGUGAUGAACGAAACUGAUGCUCUGCAGAGAUCCUAGUUAAAACAAAUUAACAAGCAUUAGUCAUGUAAUAACAAGCAGCAGAGCAAUUCUUACUUGCUCUUACUUACUUGCAUGAAGCCGUAUACUAGGGAAUUAAACAUUUUAUCUGAUAUUGUGAAAGAACUGAGAUAUUUGCAUGGGUGUAAGAAACUGAUUCCAGCUCUCUUUUUUUUUUCAACUUACCUGCAAUGCAAAGGUAGAACUCUGCCAACCUUCUAAAGGAUGGCAAGUCCCCGGUCCCUUCGUCCGCUCCCACUUCCUACUCUCUGGCUGUAGAAACUUUAAUCACAGAUCUGUAUAUGCAGUGGUUCUUAUUACCACCAUUUAAAGGUACACACAGUGAUACAUCUGUAUCAGAAUGUAUUCUGUAUCGGAAUAUGUAUGUUUAACCAUGUCAUUUGAAGAAAUGGAUUCAAGGAUUCAAAAGCUUAUCCCAAUUAACUCCAAAUAUAAGACUUUGAUUUAAUCAAAUUGAAAGACUCUGAUUUGAUUAAACAGAAGGAAUUCUAGACUUUUCCGUGUCUACAAAUAUGAAAGUAAAGGCAGUCUGAUGAUUUAUACAAAAUGUUAUGUGAUCUUGCCCUAACUGCUGAUAUGGCAAAGUCAAACUGAUAUCCUGUAACUUACACUAAGUCAUGUUAAUAAG